CAGAGGGCGACAGAGCGUCUGCAGGGGGUGCUGGCAGAGCACCAGGCUGAGCUCUCCCGUCUCUGCCAGGCCCAUGGGGCUGAAGUCGGCUCCCUGCGGCAGCGGGCCCUGCAGCUGGAGCAGGAGCUGGAGGCGAGGGGACGGGAGCACCAGAGCCUGCUGGAGCAGCUCAGGUAGGAACGGCCGCAGGAUGGUGCCCCCUGGAGGCAGGAAGCCCCCAUCCUCAUGUGUCUCCCUCCAGCCCUGUGACCCCCUGCAGCCCGAGCCGGCCCAGAAGAGCCAGUCCCUGCUGAGCCGCUGGCGGGAGAAGGUCUUUGCCCUCAUGGUGCAGCUCAGAUCCCAGGAGCUCGGCCACGCGGACGCCACCAACCUGCUCCAGAGGAAGGUCUCAGAGCUGCAGGGCGAAGUGGAGUCGAGGGACCAGAAGGUGGCGCUGCUGCUUCACAGUCUUCAGGACAAGACAGCUGAGGCCGAUAUGGAACGAGUGAACAACAAGAGGCUCCGGGCCGAGCUGUCUCACCAGGAGGACUCAGGGCAGCGUCUCCAGCGCCGGGCGGAAGCAGCCGAGGGCUCCUUGUGGGGUCUUGUGGAGAUCGUGAGCAGGCUCCACCAGCAGGUUGGGGGGCAGGAGGCGGAGUUGAAGGCAGCUGCAUUGAACCUGGCGGGGCUGGGAAACCAAGUCACCUUCGCCGCCAAGAGAGUUGACACCAUCCAAGGGCUGGUGUCUCGUAAAGUGGCCCUGGCUCGACUGCAGAGAGACGAGCAGCCCAAGGCCGCUGGGUCAGAGAAUGACGGGGGGAGCACACAGGAGAUGCCCCUCUGGGCUCUGGCUGGAUACCUGGCCAUGCUGCCCCCUCCUCUGGAGGUAGCUUUAGAUGCUGCUGAAAAAGCCGCACAUGAGGCCCAAGAUGCUGUUAAUCGACACACAAACGAAGCGUCCAGGUACUCAGCAGAAGUCUGCAGGUAUGAAGAGCAGGAGCGGCAGGUGGAGGCCGAGAUCGCGGCCAACGAGCCACGACUGGCUCAGAUCGAUGCAGAGCAACGGGCAUUGGCCGUGUUACAGGAGGAGAUCGUCACCCUGCAGGACGGGCUGAGGAAAUGUGUUACCUUCAUGAACGGGCUAGCAGGGAAGGUCUGCGUGGCUAAGAGGCUCACCGAGGACCUGCUGAUCUAUGAGGAGCUGGCCAACAGCCUCGGAGAGGUCGUUCAGCACAUGCUACCCACAAUGAGCCUGGGAGGCGAGGCUGGCACGAGAUUCCUGGCCGCGGGAGAACUCCAGGGCCUCAUUGAGAAGUUAAAGUCGGGCGGUUGCAGCCUCAGAGCCCUGGCAGACGCCGAGGCAGCAGCAAUUGACUAUUAG